UGAAUUUACCCAUAAGCCCAAGCCAAGCCCAAGCCCAAAUUCUUAGCCCUUACCCGUUUGCCACUUACCACCCGGUUUCUCUAUCUCUGUCUCUCUCGAUCCCGGCGAAAACCAAGCGUAGAAUAUCAGGCAACCGGCGGCAGCUUAUUUCUACUGUCUUAGCUGAUGGGAUUUGGGAAUAGAGGAAUCGUUGCUGACAAAUGGUCAGGGAGGCUUUUAUGGGUCUGUGCAAUUGGAAGUGCAAUUGGUUUCUAUAUGGUUGCUGUGGAAAGACAAACUCAGAAUAGAGCAAAAAUGAUGGCUGAAGCACUGGCUGAUGCAGGAUCAAGUAUAGAUGCCAGUGAGAAAAGUUGAAUAUUAUGGGAUUUGUGAUAAUGCUUAUACGUUUCCAUUAGAGGUCUUUUUCUUAUCGUUUGACAGUACUCUGGAAACUAUUUUGAUGUAUUAAGUACUUGUGAUAUUCGUAAAUGAAAAGACAUUGCUGAA